AUGACAAUGGAAUCCAACAAAGGAGACGAUUCCAGAUCUCCGAAACCUCGUGAAUCGGAGACCGUAGAGGAACCCUGCCUGGGAAUGGAAUUCGAAUCGGAAGACGAAGCCAGAGAUUUCUAUGUAGACUACGCCAGAAAAUCAGGGUUCGUCGUUCGUAUGAUGCAGAGACGAAGAACUGGGAUCGACGGAAGAACACUCGCUAGGAGAUUAGGCUGUAACAAGCAAGGAUUUUCUCCCAAUAUCUCAGAUUUCGGAACAGAGAAGCAGCGGUCACGAUCUAGCGCUAGAGAAGGUUGUAAAGCCACGAUUCUUGUGAAGAUGGAGAAAUCUGGGAAAUGGGUCGUUACGAGAUUUGUCAAAGAACAUAAUCACUCACUUGUUCUCAGUUCUUCUCCUUGUGAUUCUCUGGCUGAUAAGGACGAGAAGAUCAAAGAGCUCACGGAGGAGGUGGAAUUACAGGGACGAUUAUGCGAUUUGUAUAGGGAUAAAUUGGUGAGUUUUAUGAACAAUGUUGAACAAUAUAAUGAAGAAUUGUCAAUCAAAGUCCAUGAAAUUGUAGAGAAUAUUAAGAAACUUGAAUGUGAAAUGCAAAUGCACAAAAGUUUUUGA